AUGUUGUCAAUCUUGAUUGCGCUGAAUGCAAUUGUGACAUUGUCUGCUGGUGCAGGCGAAGAAAACAAUUGCGGGGCAAGUGAAAUUAUGGCUGCGGAAGCAGAAAAAGUAUUCGCCCUGCCACAAGACGCAAAAGAAUCGUGUGAGUGGUAUAUCAUUACAAACGAUCAGAGAACUGUUCGUGUGACAUGGCCUGGAAGCGCAAGUCUAACUCCUUCGGUGGAUCUUGAGUCUGGCAAUUGUAUUACAGUGAUCACUUUAACAGCCCAAGAAGGAACAAAGUGGUGUACCGGUAGCAAAGACCUUAAAGCGGAAUCCAAAAGUGUAGUCCGAAUCCAGAGGAAGUAUCCCGCCGAUACUAAAGAUAUGCAGAAAAUCGAGCUAAAUUAUCAAUUGGUGAAUGAUGCCGAGUGCACGGAAGAUAUAAAGAAACCAACAGAUACUUUGCAAUCAUUUGAUAUUGCAAAAUCUUCUGGUGCUAUAAAGGCUGAAAUAUCCUGCGUUUGGGAACUCGAAACUACCGCAAAAAAAAACAUCGAAAUUAGUUUGAACGUGCAAUCGCCCGCAACCGAUGCGCAGUGCGUGAAGGUUUCAAACGCAGCUAGUUCCGGCAAUGCAGCAACAAAGACGAUUUGUGGAAAAAGUGAACAGAACACGUUUACCGGAGACGCUGGUUCUAACGUUCUUGUCGCAUUUGACGGUCCGAAAUCUGGAGCGGAGAACCAGAUUCAAAACUUCAAAGUAAACUAUCGACUACUUUCUGCUGGCAGCUCUAUGUCGUCUACCUUGGCUAUUUUCGGAUAUCUGGCGGUCGUGAUUCUCAUGCGGAAUUAA